AUGGGGUUCGCCAUUGACCAGAAACUGAACCAGCUACAGAAGGACAGAGGCUACAAGAGCAGGCCGAGUGUGCUGGUCGGAGCUCCGAAAGCUAACACCAGCCAACCGAACAUAACCGAGGCCGGGGCUGUCUAUUCUUGUGCCUGGGACACCAAUGGGACCGACUGCGUGCAGCUCCCCUUUGAUCUGACAGGGAACCGGCUCCACAACGAGACGGAAGUCCUUGAGUUCAAAUCCAACCAGUGGUUUGGCGCAAGUAUUCGAUCGUCCAAUCGCACAAUAGUGGCAUGUGCACCUCGCUACAGAUGGAGAGGUAAUGAGGAGCUGCGGGAGCUGGUUGGAACCUGUUACCUGUCGCUGCGGAACUUCAGUGAUGUGCUGGAGUACGCUCCGUGUCGCACCAAAUGGCACACGCCAGCUGGCCAGGGUUAUUGCCAAGGUGGUUUCAGUGCCGACCUGACCGAGAAUGGGCGAGUGGUGCUUGGAGGGCCUGGCAGUUUCUACUGGCAAGGGCAGCUCCUUUCUGCCAACAUUGAGAACAUUGUCCCACCUCAGGCUGACUUCAGCUACAUCCAGUACACGGUCGGAGAAAUCUACAACAAGCAAUCCGAGAGCAGGCACGAUGACAGCUACCUGGGUUACUCUGUGGCCGUUGGAGAGUUCAGCGGAGAUUCUGUUGAAGAUUAUGUGACUGGGGUGCCCCGUGGGCUGGAGACGGUCGGUUAUGUGAGGAUUUUAAACGGGACAAACAUGGAGACCAUAUUCAACUUCUCUGGUGAGCAAAUGGCUUCGUAUUUUGGCUACGCUGUCGCAGUGACGGACAUUAACAACGAUGGGCUCGAUGAUAUUCUGGUCGGGGCUCCGAUGUACAUGGAGCGGGAGCCCGGGGGCAGGCUGCAGGAGGUUGGACGGGUAUACGUUUAUUUGCAGACUGGCCUCUUGGAAUACAAGGUCCAUCAGAACCUGACUGGUACAGACAUCUACGGUCGCUAUGGGACGUCGGUGGCGGGGUUGAGAGACCUGGAUCAGGACGGAUUCAAUGAUGUGGCAGUAGGUGCUCCUUAUGCUGGCGACAAGGGCCAGGGCCUGGUCUACAUCUACAACGGGCGGCCUGAUGGCCUCAACAGUACCCCGUCCCAAAUCCUGGUGGGCAUGUGGGCCAGUGCCACCAGUGUGCCAGCCAGUUUUGGAUUCUCAGCGCGGGGAGCGAUGGACCUGGAUAUGAAUGGGUACCCAGAUGUGAUUGUUGGGGCUUUUGGUGUUGACCAUGCUGUUGUGUACAGGGCUCGGCCAAUUGUCUGGGCGAGUGCCAAUUUGAAAGUGAGCCCUCCCGUCUUCAACCCUGAGGAGAAGGGGUGCACCAUAAAUGGCACUGACAUCCAGGUCACAUGCAUCAAUGUCAGCUUUUGCCUGAGUGCCUCUGGGAAACACGUGCCAGAGUGGAUUGGUUUCAGGGUGGAGUUGGAAUUGGAUAGCCUGAAGCAGACUGGGGCGAUCAAGAGGGUGCUGUUCCUCGAUUCACGCCAGCCUCUCUUCCAGGACAGGGUGGCCAUCAACAAUGGGCAUGGCGAAGUCUGCCAAGACCUGAAGAUAUACCUGCAGGAAGAGCAUGAAUUUCGCGACAAGCUCUCGCUGAUCCAGGUGGCCAUGAACUUCAGCCUGGAUCCGACAAUGCCCCUCGACCAUCACGGCCUGCAGCCCAUCCUCAGCUAUUCGACCAGGGAGUACCUCACCCAGGAGGCCCAGAUCCAACUGGAUUGCGGUGACGAUAACGUCUGUGUGCCAGACCUCCAACUUUCUGUCAAUGGGGACAGGAAGACGGUGUACCAUGGGGAUGAGAACCCACUCACGCUGAUCUUCGAGGCGAAAAAUCUGGGGGAGGGAGGAGCCUACGAAGCCGAGCUCCACGUCUUUGUCCCCCCUGAGGCGGAGUACAGCGGAAUCGUGCGCAACGAGAGUCUGGCGAAGCUGAGCUGCACGUACUGCAACGAGACGGUGGUCUGUGAUCUGGGCAACCCGAUGAAAUCUGGAGCCGAAGUCUCCGGGGGUCUCCGUUUCACCGUCCAUCAUCUGCACGGUGACAAGAAAUCUAUCGAGUUUGAGCUGCAGAUUCGCAGUAAAAACCUCAACAAUUCGAGAAGCAACAUGGUGCCCUACAAGCUCAAGGUGGAGGUGGAGGCACACAUCAGCACCCGAGGUGCCCCCAUCCCGAAGGAGAUCCUCUUCGCCACGAGCAGCCAGAAGCCCGGAAAAGAGCCAAUCACUGAAGAGGAUGUGGGGCCGCCACUCAAAUACGUCUUUGAGGUUUCCAACAAUGGUCCCAGCUCCAUCAGUUACUCCAUCCUGCAUGUGACCUGUCCAGUGCGUUAUCAGAAAGAGCGCCUGCUCUAUCUCACCGAUUAUAAAACAGUGGGGCCUGUCCUGAACUGUACUGUCAGCAGCUCCCUCAACCCUCUGCAGCUGAAGCUGCAGAGCCCCCCAGUGGAAUCAGCCCGGACGCUAAAUGUCAGUUCGGAGAAGCCGGAUCAUUCUAUCCGCCGUCGGGAAGCAGCGAGGAAGCAGCUGGGGGAUCUGGAGAGUCUGAGUUGCCAGCACGUGGAGUGCCUGAGCCUGAUUUGUGAGGUCGGUUUGCUGAGCAAGGGCGCCAACGUGGUACUGGAGAUCCGGACCCGGGUGUGGGCACACACUUUCCUCCAGAGGCAGCACCAACCUUUCACACUGCCAUGCAAUGCCACAUACCAGGCGCACCGCAUGCCUUAUCAGAUCCUGCCCAAGGCCUACCCGGGAGGAAGCUUGCUGGUCUCGACUCCUGUGAUGUGGAUCAAGCCAGAAAAUUCAUAUUCUGUCCCCCUCUGGAUUAUUAUCCUGGCUGUGUUGGUCGGUCUGCUCUUGCUCGCUCUCCUCAUCUUCAUCUUGUACAAGCUCGGGUUCUUCAAGAGGGCCAAGCUGCCACACGGGACGGCGAUGGAAACGGCACACCUGAAGCCACAGGCCACAUCAGAGGCUUAAUGGCAGCUUGGCAGCGGCCUAGUGACCGAAGAGCGACCCAUGCUGCACUGCUUCCUUCGCUGGCCCUGCUCGCUCGGAGAGAGCAGCCCUGAGUGACCGUCCUGUCCUGUCGCCUUGGCAACAGACCGCUCGGAGCGACCACAAACUCUCCUCGAAACACGUUAUUUAAGGAAAUUAUUCAGAAGCACUGAUUGUGAUUUGAAACCAUUCUUUCAUGCUCCCUCGAUGGCUGUAUCGAGAUGUGCUGGGUUUUGAUGUAAAUUUUUCAAGCUGUUCUCAGAUGCAAUAUAUUUUAUAUCUUCUAUUUUUUUUUCUGCUCCCCGCUGUGACCGACAGAACCAGGAUUGGCCGAUGUGAAUCCUCUUACUCCCAGCAUCCCCCACCCCAACAAGGGAGAGAGGGGAUAAGGGCCGUGUCCCCUCCCCCUCUCCCUCCCCAAACCAGGUUUCCAAUCAGGAAUGGCUAAGGUGCUAAGGGGCGGGGGAGGGGCCCAGGACAAAUGAGCUCUUUCCGAAACUCAGUGGGGAGUCGGGGAGAGGCCGAGGUGCACAAGGGAAACGGAUUUCUCCAUUGGCUUCUCCGGUUCAUCAGUGAGCGCCCGCCCCAUCCCCCCUCCAUCCUGGCCCAGCGGUGAUACCUCCCUCAGACCCAUCGCCAUCAUCUUUGCCAAGGGGUGCCACUGUCCAUGCACAGAGCUCACCUAUUCUCCCUGCUUCACCCCCCCCCCCCCCCCCCCACGCCCACCUGAAACCGCGACAGUCCUGGGGGUGGGGCUGCCCAGUGAUCCCACAGGGUGGGCACCGUGCCCAGCGAGUGUGGCGUGUGGGUCAGGGGGAGCAGGGCACGGAGCUGAGGAGGUGGAGAGAGAUCAGGAGGUGGAGGUUUCAAGGGGAGGCCGCCCUUCAGGAGGGAGGGUGGGUGCCCAAGAGGGGCCGCCUCAGUCUCUGACACAGAGCGCUGCCAACUUUGCGAUGGCAUCCACAGCAAGAGGUUGUUCCAGUCACUGAGAGAAACCGGGCACCAGCUCGGUCCGAACAGCUGUGCGUUCUCAUUGGGUUGGCCACCUUUAAUUUUUAUUAACAAAGUUGUACAUUAAUUAAGGAAUUAAAUUGAAAUAUACCUUUGUAAAUCAAAGAA